AUGACCUCACGCGCGCUGAAGCUGUACGUUGCGGCGACGUGCCCGUUCUGCCACCGUGUGGAGAUCGUCGCACGUGAGAAGAAGGUUUCGUACGAUCGCGUUGUUGUGGGGCUGCGCGAGGAGAUGCCGCAAUGGUACAAAGAGAUCAACCCGCGCGAGACGGUGCCAACGCUGGAGGUCGGCUGCCCGGAGAGGCGGUUUGUGUUUGAGUCAAUGCUGAUUGCUCAGUACCUGGACAACAGUUGUGCGCCUGCUGGAGCGCUGAUGGGUGCAUCCGCAAUACAGCGACACCGGAUCGAGUACUUCCUUACCCAGGUCGGCGACUUCAUUGGCGCUGCGCACGAGCUGCUUGGUGACCCGCUGAGUGCAGAGAAGCGCAGUGCCCUGAGCGAUAGUGCGGCUUACAUGGAUGAGCUGCUCGCAGCGAACCAGACGACGGGGCCGUACUACUGUGAUGGCGAGUUCACGAUGGCGGACGUUGCGCUUGUGCCAUUUCUGGUGCGACUGAAGUUUGUGUUGAUGUACUACGCAGGGUACGAUGUGUUCUGCAAGGCGCCACGGAUGAAGGCAUUGUGGGCUGCUGCUGUGCAACGCGCGUCUGUGCUUGAGACGUUGCCGACGGCGGAGCAGUGCGUGGAGAACUACCGCCACCUGGUGCCAGAGAGCGCGCCGAUGAUGGGCGCGAAUGGCGGGUAUGUGCUGUACAGCAACCAUUUAUGCCCUUUUGCGGACCGUGUACGCCUCGCCUGUGAGCUGCGCAAGUUCACGGUGCACGCGGUGGAGGUGCCGCUGCAUCCACAGCCGGAAUGGUACCAACAUUUCAACUCCCUCGGGACGGUGCCUGCGCUCUUUACGCCGAGCGGCGAGGCUGUGCACGAGUCGCAGCUGAUUCUCUAUUACAUCGACCGCCUAGCGACGGGGGAUACUGUGCUGGUGCCGCGUGGAGACGCGGAAAAGGAGUAUGAGGUGGGCUUCUUCCUGGACAACGCUGGAUAUUUUGUCACAGGACUGCUCUCGUGGUUCUUUGGUGGCAGCGAGGAUGCGAAGGCUGAGUUUGAGUGGGCCGCUGUCGAACUCGAGCAGCAGCUUGCAAAGCAUCCGUUUGGUGAGGGCCCCUUCUUUGGUGGCAAGACGAUGAAUGCUGGUGAUGUGGCCAUUCUGCCAUUCCUGGUCCGUGUGAAGUCACUUACGCCGGAGCUGACGAAUGGGUACGACUUCUUUGCAAAGUUUCCGCUGCUGAAUGAGCUAGCAGAGGCUGGCAUGGUGACACCGGAGGCGAAGGCGGUGUUUUGUACGCUGGAGGAGUACAAGAAGCGCAUCCUUCAGCUGCAGCAGAAGGCACGGGAUGAGUAA